ACCUAUAAACAACCGCCAUCCUUUCCUCACUUUUCAAAAUCGAACACUCCAAACUUUCAAAAUUUCAAUCAAAUAGAUUUACACAGUUAAUCUCUCAAUUAGCUUCGCAACAAACAUUAAUGGCGGAUCAAUACAACCACCACGAGAUCAACAAGAGCGGUGAGCCGCCCGCCCCUAAGGCUGGCGAUCGCGGGCUGUUCGAUUUUGCGGGCAAGAAAGAGGAGGGCGGCGAAUUUGAUGAGAAAGUUAAGGUUUCAGAGGAAGAUUCGAAGAAGCAUCAAACCCUCGGAGAGAAGCUUCAGCGAUCAAACAGCUCCUCCAGUAGCUCUUCUGAAGAGGAAGAAAUAGGAGAAGAUGGAGAAAAGAAGAAGAAAAAGAAGGAUAAAAAGAAGUGUGAUGGCAACAAACCAACUCAAGAGGGUGAAGAGAAGAAAGGGUUGCUAGAUAAGAUCAAGGAGAAGCUGCCCGGCGGCAAGAAGGCGGAGGAGGUGGCUACACCCCCACCGACUCCAGCGGCGGCAGCCGAUUGCGCCGAGGAGAAGGAGAAGAAAGGGUUCUUGGAUAAGAUCAAGGACAAAAUCCCUGGCUACUCAAAGACUGAUGAAGAGAAGGAGAAUGAAAAGGAAGCUGUUUGCAAUUAAAUAAUUAAGAUAAUAAAUAUUAUUAGUGUUUUGAAUAAGUUGUCAAUGUUUAAUUUGUGAUUGUGAUUAUUAUUGUGGUGUUGUUUGGUUUGUUAACAGUGUCAGGCAUGUUAAUUAAGCUAGUGUACGUACCAUUCGUGUGA